AAACAACCCUCCGCGGCCAAAUGCGGUAGAACCACCAGUUGUGGCUCUCGUGGGUGGAGGUGUAACUGUACGUAUGGAGCAUGAAAGAGCAAUCCAACUGAAAGGUAGAACAGACCAAAGGGUAAACUCUGGCACUUCUUUGCCCAUCCCGUGGAUGAACGAAACUUGGGACGGAGACGUUCACAAGGUAGUCAGCCAGUCAGUCAAUCUCUUUACACAUCGUCGACGAUAUCACCACCAGCAACAACAACAUCCGUCACGAUCACCGCCGAUAGCCACUUGCAAGAACAGUCAUUCAUUCCGUGUAUUGUAUGAUUCAUUGUCAACAACUUCAUCGGUGCUGCUAUUGAUACAGAUCGAGACACAAUAUAAAAACGAUCAACAUUCUGCUACUACUACUACUACUUACCACUCACAAGAAAUUCUCCGAAAGAUUACAGAGAUACAACAACAUUUACAACACAGAAAGAUUCUAGUUUUGGCUUAAACCCGAUCGACGACCUAAAAACAUGGUUAGAGACGUUGCUGCCAAGGCAGGAUUGCCAUCUGAUUUCCUCUGGGGAUUCGCGACAGCAGCAUACCAAAUCGAAGGUGGUGCCACUGCAGACGGCCGAGGUCCCUCAAUAUGGGACACGUUUUGCAAAAUCCCAGGCAAAAUCGCCGAUGGCAGUUCUGGGGACGUCGCAUGUGACUCGUACCAUCGCACGGCACAAGACAUUGAACUGUUGCAAAAGACGGGCGCCAAAGCGUACCGAUUCUCCAUCUCGUGGUCUCGUGUCAUCCCCAAGGGCGGCCGAAACGAUCCCAUCAACCAGGCCGGUAUCGACUUUUACGUCAAACUUGCCGACGACUUACUGGCCGCCGGCAUCACUCCGUUCGUGACGCUCUUCCACUGGGACCUCCCGGACGAACUGUACAAGCGGUACGGGGGGUUUCUGAACAAGGACGAAUUCGUGGCCGAUUUCGCCCACUACUCUCGCGUCGUGUUUGAGGCUCUGGGGUCCCGGGUCAAGCACUGGAUCACUUUCAACGAACCUUUUUGCAGUGCCAUCUUGGGACACAGCAUCGGCGCCUUCGCCCCGGGUCAUACCAGUGACAGAACCAAGAGUGCGGUGGGAGAUUCGAGCAGGGAACCUUGGAUCGUCGGACACAGUAUCCUGAUAGCACACGCGCACGCCGUCAAGAUCUACAGAGAUGAAUUCAAGGCGAGAGACGGUGGAGAGAUCGGUAUCACGUUGAACGGUGACUGGACUGAACCAUGGGAUCCCAACGACGAACAGGACCGCAUCGCAUGCGAUCGCAAGAUUGAAUUUGCCAUCUGUUGGUUCGCCGACCCGGUAUACUUUGGACGUUACCCGGAAAGCAUGGUCAAACAACUCGGUGAGAGACUACCCACAUUCACGGCGGAAGAGAGUGAGUUGGUCAAAGGGUCGAAUGACUUUUACGGCAUGAACCAUUAUUGCGCGAACUACAUCCGACAUCGCGGUGACGCAGUGGUCGCCGACCCGGAUGAUUUCAGUGGCAAUAUAGACAUUUUGUUCGAGGACAAGUUUGGUAACAGCAUCGGCCCCGAGACUCAGAGUUUCUGGUUGAGGCCUCACGCUCCUGGGUUCCGAAAGUUGAUCAAGUGGUUGAGUGACCGGUACGGAAGACCCAAGAUCUACGUGACCGAAAACGGGACGAGUAUCAAAGGGGAGAAUGAUUUGCCCAUGGAGGAAAUUUUGGAGGAUGACUUCCGACUGGAAUAUUUCCGAAGUUAUAUCACCGCCAUGGCUGAAGCGGUGGCUGAAGAUGGGUGUGACGUUCGUGGAUACAUGGCUUGGAGUCUUAUGGACAACUUUGAAUGGGCCGAAGGUUACGAAACGAGAUUUGGUGUCACGUAUGUCGACUAUGAGAAUGGUCAAAAGAGGUACCCAAAGAAGAGUGCGAUGGAGAUGAAGAAUAUUUUUGAUCAAUUUGUUGGAAAGGUGUAAUAGAUGACAUGACAUGACAUUUACGACACAACCAGGUCUGAUACGACACAGAAUAUGCCAUGUCCUGUUUUGGGGGAUGGAAGAAGAAUGAUUGACGUUAUCUUUGAGGGUUAUUUGGCAUCACCGG